CUUGCUCAAAAUAUAGUUUUACUUUUUUAUCUUCCUCAAUACCACCAUGGGUGGAAAGAAAGUGAAACUUGCAUUCAUAACCAAGGACACAACAAGGAAAGCAACAUAUAAAAAAAGGGUAAAAGGUUUGAUGAAGAAGCUCAAUGAAAUCACAACUCUAUGUGAAAUUAAGGCAUGUGCUAUAGUGUUCAAUCCUGAAAUUGUUGAACCACAAAUUUGGCCAUCCAUCGAAGGAGUUCAAAGUGUGCUGAACCAAUUCAUCCAUGUUCCAAAAUUUGAUCGAGGCCGAAAGAUGUUGAACCAUGAGAGUUACUUGAAGGAAAAGAUCGAAAAGUUGAGUGAGAAGUUGACGAAAAAAACGAAGGAGAAUAGGAAGAUGAAGAUGACUAUUCAAAUGUAUCACUUUCUUGAGAAAGGGAACAUUGAGGGUUUAAGUACCGUUGAUCAUGAUGACCUCACAUAUGUGAUUGAUGAGAAAAUGGAGGAAAUUAAUAUGAAGAUGAUGGAAAUGGAGAUCAAUGAUCAAAGGGCUCCAAGGUUUGUGAAUGGUAGCUAAAAAUAAGUCAUUUUUUGUGAUGUCAAUCUCCAAAAGUUCUUU